UAACGGCAUAAGAAAAGAAAACACCACUGACUUUGUCAAACCUUGUCACAACAUUUACAUUAUUUACUCAAUCUAUGCGUAAAAAGAACAUAUUUGUACGUUUUGUAGGGUACUUGGCGCGACGGUUCAGGGUGCUACAGGAGGUAUGGAUACUCCCGUGGUGGGGGAGAGGGGGGUUAGUUUCUGUACCCUUGUUGACUUUGGAUAUAGUGAUUCUGGUUACCAAACUGGUGUCGACUUGUGCGGUUGCGAUUGUGAGGGUGUUCAUACCGCCGACUAUGAAGAGCUUGUGUGGGGAGACUGUGCUGAUAACUGGAGCAGGCCAAGGCAUCGGUCGCGAGCUCGCUCUGCAAUUUGCUGAGCUCGGAGCCACCGUUAUCUACUGGGAUAAUGAUGCAAGACGGAACAGAGCGGUUGUUGAAGAGAUACGGAAGAAGGACGGCGAUUCGUAUGGCUUCACAAUCGACGUGACCAUGCGGGAUCAGGUUGCGUCGCUAGCGGUUCGCAUGCGGCGACAGCUCAGCGAAGUGACCAUGGUCGUGAGCAACGCCGGGGCGCUCACUUGUGCGCCGCUCACACAUCUCAGUACUGAGAGGAUUGGGAGACUGAUUGAAGUCAAUUUGAUGGCACACUUUUGGUUGAUCGAAGCCUUUCUGCCAAGUAUGAUAGAGAAGCGUCACGGCCACAUAGUAGCUAUCAAUUCGAGUUCUGGACUUAUGCCUUGUUCUGACAUGGUGCCGUAUUGUGCAGCUAAAUUUGGAUUAAGAGGUCUAAUGGAGUCGCUAUCUGAAGAACUACGACUGGACACUUGGACGAAAAACAUAAACACGACAUCUGUGUACUUAGCGACGGUGUCCACGGGGUUAUACCCACCGCCGUCUCACCGUUUCACGUGGUGGUACUCGGAGAUUAGUGCUAAAGAAGCUGCUAGGAUCAUUAUUGAAGGAAUUCGCAAGAACCGAAAGUGCAUCAGCAUACCAUGUUUCAUGAAAACGUUUAUUGCAAUACACAACCUUAUGCCCUACAGAAUAAGGAUCAUAUUAACAGAUUUCUUCAACUACCCGCAUAGAGGAUGGUUUUGCUUUUGUUAAGAAUAACAUAGAAUUUAGAUACAUUUGAUAUUUACUUCAAAUUUAUA